CACUCGUUAGGUCGCCGGGUCGUGAUGCAGUGGGAUGGGACCGUGCGACCAGUCGCAAGCUGCGGGCUGCCGGUAACCCGCGCCUCUAACGCAAAAACAAACAAACAACGACCAUUCGGGCGGUUAUCUUAAUAUUCUUAUUUCUACUGGAGAAAAGUCAUUUAAUAUAAUAUUAUCCAUCGUAUGUUCACUGACAGUUGAUCUUUUAAAAAAGUAGAAACCGUAUGUUGUGCUCGCUGUGUUUUCAAUUUCCAAAAUUUCAAUGAGUGUCAUAGACACGUAUGAACUACGUGUCUAAAAAUAUUUCGUAAAUCAACUGAUUUUGGAAAAAAUAUCUAGAUUUUGAUUAUAUGUAUAUAUGAUAUAGUCCUAAAAGAUGGGAAAACCCGUGGAAUUUUCCGAGAAACCGGAUCGAGUGGAAGCGACGGCGGCGGGUUUCGACACGGAGCGGCUGAUGAAGGAGCUGGGCCAGGGCAAGCCGUUCCACCUGAUGAACUACGCGCUGCUCACGCUCACAGUGUACACGGCCGCGAUAUACGGGAUCAACUACGUGUUUUUGGCCGCAGAUGUGGAUUACCGAUGCGUGGUGCCAGAGUGCGAGUCUGCGAACAGUACACAAUACCACCCGGCGUGGCUGGAUGGUGCGCUGCCGGCCGCGGGCCGCCAGCAGCGCUGCUCCAGGCGGGAGCCGCUGGACCUGGCCGGCGGCUGCCGCGAGGGCACGACCUUCACGGAGGACCUCCAGCCUUGUGACCAGUGGCUCUAUGCUUCUUGGGAUACCAUUGUGGCUGAGUUCAACCUGGCGUGCCAGGAGUGGAAGCGCACGCUGGUGGGCACCAUCCACAACGUGGGCAUGCUGGUGUCGCUGCCCAUCCUCGGAUAUAUCUCAGAUCGCUGGGGCCGCAAACGUGCGCUGAUCCUCAGUUGCACGUUGGUCGGUGCCAUCGGCUCGCUGAAGGCUUUUUCUGUCUCCUACGAGAUGUACGUCGUAAUCGAGUUCCUGGAGACUGUCGCUGGUGCCAGUGCCUUUCCCGCCGCAUAUAUCCUCACGAUUGAACUCCUGGGCCAAGACAAACGCGUGCUGACGACGGCUUUCCUCGGUAUUAUGUUGGUGCUAGGUGGUCUCAGUUUCGCUCUCCUCGCCAAAACUUUCCACUACUGGCGAACUUUCAUCAUAGUGGUGUACCCACCAUCGUUGCUAUUUAUAUCUUACGUGUAUUUACUGCCCGAGAGUAUUCGCUGGCUGCUUUCGAAGGGACGCAAACAAGAAGCAGUUGAGAUAAUAAUGAGGGCGGCGAAGAUGAAUAAAGUCACCUUGUCUGAUGAAACGAUGAAACAGUUGACGGAGGAAAAGCCAAAAGAACAGAAGAAAGAAGAUAAAGAAGAAGAGAGUGGUCUGUGGAUGCAGGUGUUGCGUUCACCGAUCAUCAUGACCCGCCUGGCAAUCUGCUCUUGGUGGUGGAUCACCUGUACGUUCGUGUUCUACGGCUUGGCCAUCAACAGUGUCUCAUUGGCGGGGGACAAAUACACCAACUAUAUGUUGGUGGUAAGCGUGGAGGUUAUCGCGGUGGUCACCAACGCGUUGGUGCUCGACAGGGUUGGGAGAAAGAGGACCUUGCUGGUGGCAUACACUGUCUGUGGAUUGUCGUGUGUGGCAAUCGCCUUUGUUCCUAAAACGAUGCCGUGGUUAGCGACUCUGCUAUACUUGAUGGGCAAGAUCGCCAUCACGCAGGCGUUCAGCGGCAUCUACAUGUACACGUCGGAGCUGUUCCCGACGCACGCGCGCCACUCACUGCUGGGCUUCUGUUCCAUGGUCGGCAGGAUCGGCUCCAUCGUCGCUCCGCAGAUGCCGUUGCUGGCAAUAUACAUAGAAUGGCUGCCAUCAGUCCUGUUCGGAGCGACAGCGUUGGUUGCCGGCGGCCUCAUGCUGACCACUCCAGAGACUCUCAACACCAGGCUCCCCGACACCAUCCAGGAGGCCGAACAGAUCCGGAAACAGCCGAAAACAAACGACAUCCAGAUGAACAACGCUGCUAGCUAACCGACAAUUGUGCAUGCUUUGGACUGGCUACGGAUAAGACCAGCUUAUCCACUUGUAUAUUAACAGUCCGUAUAGUGAUCUUUAGAAACACAUAAACACAUCUAUGUGCUAUAGAAGUUCAUUUUGAUUCAGAAGAUGCCAAGUUGAUCAUUAUGGAUUUGUUGUAUAACGGUUGUAGGAGAGUAAUGUUGCGUCAUUACGACAAUUGGGGUUAUAUGAGCAUAGAAUUAAUGUAGGUGCAGGCGGGGCCGAUAUACCUGACCCACCUACUAAAGUUAGUUAAAUAGUGGGUUAAGUUGAUCUGUCCCCUGUACUUUAGAUUAGGUGCUACAUGAAGUGCUUAUAUUUUAAGUAAUAAGUACUAAGUAAGUUACUUCAUGUUAAUCGUGAUAUUUAUAAUGUCAACGUAAGGACAAUUGUUACAAAAGUAAGUUAAGCAUCUUUUAUAAGUAAUUUAGUGAAAAAGUCUUCCUCCUUAAUAUGUUUUACAGGUUUAUACAUACAUAAAAUGACAGAAAACAUAAUAUAAUAAAAUAAGAACAAUAUUUUCUUACAUUUGAAGUAAAAAGUUUAAAAUUAUUUCUUACUAUUAUUUUAUAUAAUUUUUUAUGUAUAUUUAAGAAUUGUCAUUAUCUAUUUAAAUUUUGAUGUUAAAAUAUUGAUUUUGUCGUUAAGAGAUAUAAAAGUUAUGAUUUACUAUUUUAAUGUCGUCUUGUUGUGCAUGGAUGUUAGGUAUUAGUUCUAAAUUAACUGUGAUACACAUACAAACUUAGUCCGUUAAAAUAUAUUAUUUGCCUUUCGAUUGAAAAUUUCAACUUUUAUAUUUACUAAACGAAAGUCUGGUACACGCUGACUCGAUUUAUUUAUACAGUUGUCAAAAUAAUCAUUCAUCUUGAAUCAACCUUGAACAUAUUUACUGACUUAUUUUAUUGAAUCUAUGAAUCUAAUUGACUUUCAUAUUCAAUGUCAGUAUGUAAGCGAUAUUGAAUCGAUAUUAAGUAAUUAUAUUUUUAAUUUGUGGUUGU